AUGGACCCCGUCCUACGCAACGCGUUGCGCUACACCAUCAGCCCACGCGAAUACCAGCUACUACACCACUACCUGCUGUCGCGCACGCCGGCCGUCAAGAAGCGCUCCAUCACCCCGCGCCGCUACGAUGCCCUCUCCAAGGGGCCCGACGACUACACCGUGGCUGCCGUGCGCGCCUCGCUGCGCCUCGGCCUCGCAACGCUGGCGGGGCUGAAGACGUGGGAGCUGGUCAAGGCCCGCCUGCUGGCGCGCGGGACACCCUCCCCCAGCCGCAGACCGCCCACGGGCCCCGUGUGGCGGUCGGCCAACGUCCGCCUGAGCAGCUCGCUCGCACUCAUCCUGCUGUUCCACCGCCUCCUGCGCCGCUUCUUCGUGCGCCUGCGCGAGAGCCUGCUGAGCAAUGAAGCACGCUCCUUCCGCAAGCGCAACCCGCGGGUCUCGCGGUCGCUGACCUCGCGCGUGGCGCCUGCGAUUGGGUCCAGCUUGGCCGGCUUCUUCCUCGCCGUGUACCCCGGCGACCAGCUGCGCAUCACCAUUGCCAUCUACAUCUUCACCCGCGCCCUGGAGUUCGCGUACAACCAUCUCGAAGACCGCGGCUACUUCAAGAACAGGCCCGCCUGGUUCGGCUCCUGGAUGCUGAUGCCCUUCGCAUAUGGCCAGUUGCUGCACGCCUUCGUCUUUGACCGCGACUGCUUCCCGGCCGGCUUUGGCGACUUCAUCAUCGGCAACUCGCCCGAGUACAUCCAGCAGAGGCCUGCCGACCUGCCGCCGUCGAUACGCUGGCCCGGCACAUACGCCAUCGUGGACGGGCUCGCAGACAUCUCCAGGCAACGCUGGCCGCCCUUUGUGUCACCCAUCCUCUUCCCCACCCACGACACACUGCCCAAAAGCCUGACAGCCAUAUCGUCCAUCACCUCCCCUGCACAUCCAGCCAUCAAAUCGCUCUCGUGCGCACUGCUCCAUCCCCAAGAUCCCUCCUGCUUACGCACCUACCUGCAGUAUUGGAUCCAAGCCUUCCCCAAGGUCGCCCGCUUCUUCACCAUUUUCUUCACCGCCAUGAGUCUCACGCGCUACAAAGCUUUCAUUGCCUCUCCCUCUGCAGCACUGAACCGACUAGCAAAGAGCAUUCUUCGCAUGUCGCUCUUCAUCUCUGGCGCUAUUGGCACAAGCUGGGGCUCCAUUUGCCUGUUCCAGAACAUCUUCCCGCGCAAUUUCCUCUCCACGCAGCGCUGGUUCCUCGGAGGAUUUCUCGGUGGCCUCUGGGCGUUCCUAGAGCGCAAGGGCGGUCGAGGAAACUUCCUGUACUGCACGCGUAUGUCCAUUGAUUCGGCGUGGAAGGUUGGCGCCAAGAGAGGUUGGUGGCGUGGAAUUGCUAACGGGGACGUGCUGCUGUUCGUGCUAAGCUUGGCUACAGUCAACGUGCUGUACGAGAUCUCACCGCGGUCUGUGAGCAGUGGUGUAGCACGGAAGGGCUUGGGUGUACUGAGGGGCGAAGGGUGGGUGGACAGAGCCGCUGUCACUCGAGAUGGAAAAGGAGACGACGAUGUGAAGGGUGUUCCAUCGCGGGACGACUAA